ACUGAACGGCGGCUACUGAGGAGGGCGUUUUUUGGCGGCGCUGGUUUUGACGGUGGGAAGGAGCAAGAGAAAAAAUGAAGAGACGUGGGAAUUCCGAGGCUCCAGAACAAGCUUUGCCAGCUACUGGUAGUACACAAACCAGAAGUGUCACAAACCCUAAAGAGAUAGAAAAUGACCGAACUUCCAUUGAAGAAGUCUUGACCUGUUUGAAUGAAAGUACCGGUACUGCCUCACAAAAGAAUAGAGCUUUGCAGGGUCCUUUGACGACUGUGGAAAAGAUUGCACAAGAGAGAGGCUUGGUACCAGAAGAAAUUCAUAACUUGCUGAACAUCGUACUCAGUGGCAAGCUUGGUGCAGUGAUAAGCAGGGGGCUACUGAAGAAUCUGAUUCCCAUUUCUGUAAUAACAGAGGAUUCUGUUAUGUCAGCUGUGUAUUCGCUCAGUGCUCAAAAGUGUUCUAGUACCAUUCAGGUGCUCGUUCUAAAAUGGCUAAUUGUAAUGUUUGACUUCAUUGAUCAGACGGAAAAUAUUAAUGCUCUCUAUGGUUUCUUCUUCAACCUAUUACAAUAUAACAAAUUGUUCCCCUAUGCCUGUCAUAUGCUGUGUUUGCUGACCAGAAUGGAGAAUGUGAAACCUUUCCGUGUGAGGAAACUUCUAGAUUUACAGGCAUCACCUUUUCAGGCAUCACUUUCUACUCUGAAGACUCUGCUAUGGACGUACAAGAGCUUUGCUCCUGAAAUGGUAACAGUAACUUUGCCUAAAAAACCAAAGGUGCCAUUUAAGACUUUUUUACACCCGUGGAAAACAGCAAUUGACAACAUAAAACUGCGAAUUCAUGGAACACCAUCUGCAUCCCAGCUAACUUUAAAAUACAUGGAGUAUUCCCAACCUCAGAAGAGGGAAAGGAAUACAAAGUUGAUUCCGCCUGUAUGCAGCUCCAGUGCAGAAAGCUUGGCUGAGAGUGAAAAGCAUAAAUUCUUUCCAUUGGAACAGCUGCAGACCUUCCCACAGCUUCUAGAGAACAUUCAAUAUUUGAACCCUCCAGUCCAAAUAGGCUCGGUGAUAGGCAGUCCUCUGUUGCUCCACUGCUUGGGUCUCAAAGAUAAAUCCAUCUCUAUGAGGAUGCAUUACUGGAUGGCUCAUACAUUAAAAGAAGGAUGCCCUUGGUACAAGAGGAUGAACAAGGAAGAUGAAUUGAACUUCAAGGUUUUCUUAGAGGAAGUCUUCAAAGCAGAGUGUUUCUUGCAGAGGGGUUUCUCGGCCUGCGAAGAAUUCUUGUGGAAGAGUCUGCACUUCUGGGAUGGCUGCUGCUGUCGGUCACAGGUCCUGCAGCUGAUAAGAUGGAUCUCUCCCAGCAGCUUCUCAGAAAUGAAGACUUAUCUCUACCGGCCAUUGUUGAAGCUUUUUUCCAUUUCAUCUCUCUCUUUUAAGUAUGAAGUUCUUGAAAACCUAAGGGAACUGUUACUGAACGUGCUGAAUUGCCACAUGCAAGCAGACAUGGCCACAGAAUCAAAUGUUGAUGUGUUGAACACCACCCAAUUUGACCUGAUAAGCUCCUUGACAGAGCUCAUUCACUUUGUAAACAGGCUCUCAACUGUUGGUCUGUGCUUGGAGAACAACUCUACUUUGUUGAUGAAUGUUAUCCUGGAUUUCUAUGAGACAGUGUCUGAUAUAUAUCUAAAGUACAACCUCCCCUUGCUUAUGUUGCCUCCUGCUGGAGUCUUCUAUCCAGCACUUCUCAGCAUGAAUUCUGCCACACUUGACCAACUCUGCUACAUUAUGUACAGGUGUCGAAUCAACCUGGUGGCUGCAAAAGAAAACUCCGAGAUUAAAAAGUUCGAGUUCAGCCACCAGAUUUGCCGGGAAUACAACCAAUACCUAUCAACUAUAGUUGGGUAUCUGUGGAACUCACAAGCAUUCCAGGAGUCCCCCUGCCCUCAGGGGAUUCAGCUGGACCCAGAAGUGCUGGAGGUGACAAGGGUGGAGAACCACAGGAAGAGCUUCAAUAUAGUUUUCCACCCUGCACUGACAGGAUACGCUAUGCUCUUCUUGAAGAAGAUGCAACCAGAGGACACAACCCUGAACUUCAGAUUCAUUCGGGGGGAAAGGUGGCAAUGGUACCAGGAAUUUCUCUACUCCCAAGGAUUACAAGGCCUGAAGCUUAUGAUCGGAAGUAGCACUUGCCGUGCUCCUCAAGAGGAACAGGAUGGUCCCUGUCAGGGAGAAAGCACAGCGGAAGGCGUCGAAGGAGGUGAGAUUUCGGAGACUUCAUGAUGAAGUUUGAUGGUUCUGCCUGAAGUGCUUACUUGCAGGGAAGAAUGACUGGGUGAUUCCGGAGCUUAUGUUGAUGUUCCCUGACGCCUUAUGAAUGAAACAAAGCGUGUUUCUGUGACAAUUUUUUUGUGUUUUAUUUUAUUCAUUGAAAUAAAGUUGCAUUUGUGAAUUGGUGUUAUAUCACUGCAGACCCUGUAGGUGGAGCUGUGGCGCUGUAUUAGUGCUUGAGCUGUCAUUGUGCAGGUUCAGGGAGUUACAGGUAGCUUUCAUUUAAACAGGUAUAUCAAAAAACGUGGAUACAUUUAUGAAAGUGUUUAAAAGACUUAAGCAUAGCUGCAUUCUCAGAAAAGAUACAAGUUGGCACAAAGUACAUAAACACAUACAUUCAAGUUCAGAAAAGAUCAACAUUUUAUAGUUCAGUACAGGAUAGAAACAUGGGUGAGAGGAAGGAAGGGAUCGACCUUUAUUGAUAUUUAUUAAUACAUAUUUUCUUAUAACAGUACCGUCUGCAUACUGGUGAACACCCAGUCCAAACCCCCUGAUGAUCUCUCACAGUGGCACUGGUGGAGGAAGAGGAGUGCACUGCCCCCGGCAGCGCGAUC